UGUAGCAAAUACCCAUGCUGAACGAGUGAUCUGGGGCUGCGAUUGGCCCCCACGCACAUCCCCGCCGUGGCCGUCGCGCGAAGGCUGGUGGGAGUGUGGCCGUCGGCCGCCUGUGUGUGAGACUCCCAGAGAGGCGGCAAUGCCUCGGUAUGCGCAGCUCGUCAUGGGCCCCGCGGGCAGCGGGAAGAGCACCUACUGUUCCACCAUGGUUCAGCACUGCGAAGCCCUCAAUCGAUCUGUGCAGGUGGUCAACCUGGACCCCGCGGCAGAACACUUCAACUACCCCGUCAUGGCUGACAUCCGGGAACUGAUCGAGGUGGACGACGUGAUGGAGGACGAUUCUCUGCGGUUUGGUCCCAACGGAGGCUUGGUCUUCUGCAUGGAGUACUUUGCCAAUAACUUUGACUGGCUGGAGAACUGCCUGGGCCACGUCGAGGACGAUUACAUCCUUUUUGACUGUCCAGGUCAGAUUGAGCUCUACACCCACCUGCCUGUCAUGAAGCAGCUGGUCCAGCAGCUCGAACAGUGGGAGUUCCGAGUGUGCGGAGUGUUCCUUGUCGAUUCUCAGUUCAUGGUGGAGUCAUUCAAGUUCAUUUCCGGCAUCCUGGCAGCCUUGAGUGCCAUGAUUUCUCUGGAGAUCCCACAGGUUAACAUCAUGACGAAGAUGGACCUGCUGAGUAAGAAAGCCAAGAAGGAAAUUGAGAAGUUUCUAGACCCAGACAUGUACUCUCUGAUAGAAGAUUCAACCGGUGACUUAAGAAGCCAAAAGUUUAAGAAGUUGACAAAGGCCGUGUGUGGCCUGGUGGAUGACUACAGCAUGGUCCGCUUCCUGCCGUACGAUCAGUCAGAUGAGGAGAGCAUGAGCAUCGUGCUCCAGCACAUCGACUUCGCCAUUCAGUACGGGGAGGACUUGGAGUUCAAGGAGCCGAGGGAGCAUGAAGAGGAGUCUUCCUCCAUGUUUGAUGAGUAUUUUCAAGAACGACAGAAUGAGUGAGGUUGACUACGUACGGAGCCACCAUCCUGCUUGUGGCGAGUGCUCUCCUGGAGGAUGUAACCGUGGGAAGCUGCUGCUUGUGUCUGGGAGGAGCUCUGGGCUCUAGGGUGAGCCAGUGCGGGAGCGAGCGGGCAAGUGGCUUGUGCCCUGAACUCUGGAACUGCUGCUCUGUCGGGGACUUUAUCCCGACGCUAUUGUUUGGAGGGUUUUUUUUUUUUUUGGUUUUUUUUUUUUUUAA